UCGCUAUCCACAUCGCCUAAAUACCACCUCCAGCUCUGAAAAAUUCAGAAAUUUGUGGAAAAAUCGUGUUUUGCUGCGCUGCAAUUAUAUUCCAGAAAUACAAAUAAAUAUAACAUUCUAACCAAUAUAUACCAAGUAUAUACUAGAAAUAUAAAACAAACACAAAAAUGGCUGCCAUUAAUCCCGAAGAUUUGGAGAAAUUGAAGAAAUUCAUCGAUUUCGUGUCCGCUAAUCCUUUAAUACUAAAUGUGCCCCAAUUAGGAUUCAUGAAAAGAUUUAUAGAGAAAUUUGGUGGCAAAGUUCCAGAGGGUGAAUAUCAAAUGCCGGCCGGAGGGAAAUGUCCCUUUGGAGGUGAUGCCAAAACGGAAACAAAAACACAACCACCACCAUCUUCCACACAGGAUGCCGAUGAGGCAGAACCUGUUGUAGAAGAAGAAUCGGAAGAAUCUGAAGUUGAAUUAGAUAUGGAAGAAAUCAAUGUGCAAUUGUUAGAACCGAACGUUCUAUAUCUCGAUGAAAAGCCGCCAAAAAUUGUCAAAAAUAUAAAGGCGUCCAAGAGAGGCGAGAAACGCUGCAAAAAGUUGACACGACUUAAAGAAGUCAACAAAAAGAAGAAGAGUAAAACUAAAAAAUUGAAACACAGUGUUGUCAUCAAAAAUGAGGAGGAACAGUACCAGCAGCAGCUUAGACAAACUCGAACGAGUGGCUAUGAAACAAGAGGUGCACAAAGUAAACAAAAAUCCUCUCUCCUUCCAGCUGAUGAUCCACUUUGUACACCAUCCGAUCAAGAAAUUAAAAUGGAAACGGAAAUUAUUGCACACAAGGAAGAGGAAGCAGGUGGUGGAGGAGUAGAAGAUGAGCAGGAAUUUAAGGAUCUAAUAUUGAAAGUUAAUGAAAAAGAUUAUAAAGAUUUGAGCCAAGAGGUCCUUGAGGAAAAGGAUGAGCUUGAUAAUGAAGCAGAACCCAAGGUGGAGUUGUCCGGCGAGGAAUUUGUUGACGAGGAAGAGGAGGUGGAGGAAGAUGAAAGCGAUAACAGCAGUAGUAAUGAUGGUGAUGAUGGCGAUGGCGAUGCUGCCUAUUCCGAUGAUGAAGAUUAUGAAGAUGAACCCCUAAUAAUGCUGACCCGCAAUCGUGGCAGACCACGCAAGGAUUUGAGCAAAAACUUCAUACCCAAAAUGGAACAGUGUCGUGAAAAAUGUAAACAACAAUGCCAUAGUAAAUUUUCCACCGAACAACGUCGUUCGAUUUGUGAUUACUAUUGGUCUCUAAAUGAUGCCCAGAGGGUGCAAUAUAUACGCAAACAUAUUCGGGCACGUUGUGUGCGUUUGCAGCGAAAGAGGAUAACAAAUCGAGGGGGCAAUUGUUGCUAUUAUUUAAACCGCACUCCAGCAGAUGCUGAUAACACCGCCAAUUUCGUGAGGGUUUGUCGGAAAUUCUUUGAGAUAACUCUAUGUCUAAGGGAUCAUGCCAUUAAAAAGGCCUUGGAAGGUUAUGAGCCGGAGUCGGAAAUUGAGGUCAUAAAACCUCUGUUGGAACAACAAAGAGCCAGUCGGAAAUCAGAAGAGAAAACAGAUGAGAUACAACAGUUUCUUGAUCCUGAGACAGGAGAUCUAAUCACCAUUGAUCCCAAGGCUAAGAAAACCAAACCUCUAUCCUCCUCCUCAGCAGCCAAUGAACCGAAAAAGAAACGGGUUAGGCGAAAACCCGGUGAUCCCCUACCCGAACAUCAUCCCAAACCCAUCAAAUGCCAACAGCGUUGCAUACAAAAAUGUCACACGAAAUUCACCGAAGAGGAGCGCAAACAAAUCUGUGACAUAUUCUGGUCGAUGGACUAUAAACGGCGUAAAGAUUACAUUCUGGCAAGAAUUGAGACCAAAGAAAUUGAAUCGGUAACCACACCAGAGUUUCGCAAAUCAAAUCGCCCACCAAGAGCCUAUCACACUCGUUUCUAUUUGGGCUCCGGAUUGCAGGGUGAAAAUAAACGGGUGUGUAAACACUUUAUGAUGUCAACACUGUGUAUAUCGCGCAUGUUCAUAACGAAUGCCAUUGAUUUUGCUGACAAAAACACCGGUUGCUACACGGGGUCCGAUCGCAGGGGUGGCCAUAAUACGGCCACAACAAAAUUGAAACCGGAAGACAAGAAACUCAUACUGGAUCACAUUAGUUCGUAUCCCACAUGGAUGCCCAAUAAGAAGAGUAAAACAAAAUAUCUGCACUACACGCUGAACAUCAAACGCAUGUAUUUGGACUACAAGGAAUUGUGCUGUGCCGAGGAGCGGGAGAUAAUGUCCAUUAGUUAUUACUACAAAGCAUUUCAUGAGGAUUUUACACUGUCAUUCCUUACCCAUCCGGAGCCAAAGCGACGUGGUGGUCUGACCAAUACAAAUCCAAAUAUUUCACAUUAUACCGGUUUGGAGCCGGGCGGCAUGUGGUUAGAUGUAAAGGGAGAGAAAUUGGAUGUAGCUCAAUGUAACCCAGCGGAAAGUUUUAUGAACAAGAUGCUUGUUGCACCACGAUCACAAAUGCAGCAGGAGAGGGCGAGCAAAACCACAUCGUCAUCAGCAGCUGUAGCAGUUGCAGCUAUUCCCCCGCCCGACAACUCAACCAGUGACUCUUUAAGUAAUAGUAUUUCUGCCUCCCAUGCCAUUGCAACAACACCGAAUCCUACACCGGCCACAGCCACCCAAACUAUCUCAUCCUCGUCCGGUGUAUCAGCACCAGCAUCUUCGACAUUUAAUUUUAAUCAAUCUUUAAGUUAUGCCCAUCUCUUGGAUCCUGCCUUGAAUUCGAGUUUUAUAUGUCAACCACCACCCUCAUCCAAUGUUGCUGCAGCAGCAGCUGCUGCUGCCGUUGUCCGGCAUGAAUUCACUCCCAAUAUAUAUGAUAGCAAUAAUUUACCACAUGCCCAUGCCGCCUCAACAUCGUCAUUAUUUAGGAGACUUUAAAUUUAAGUUGAAACGUUAAAAAAAAUAAAUUAUUUUUAAUUGUCUAUACAUGUAUAAGAGAAAUGCA